AUGGAGUUGGAAAGUGGAGUUUCAGCUGGUGCAGGUCUAGGAAGUCUUUCUGUAGAAUCUGGCCAAGGUGUGGGGACUGGCAUCUCCGGCGGUGCUGGAAUUUUGGAACCAUGUGGGGAAGGACAAAUUCGUCAUGUGGAUGGGUCCUGUGUAACACCAGUCGUCAACAGGAAGGUAUACGUCUUCGAUGUUCCUGAACAAAAAGUACCUAUCGGUCCACCACCAAGUGUUCCUCCUCCAAGAGUUGAUCAUAACAUUCUCUUCGUGCGACUUCCCGAAGAAGGAGAAGGACCUGAACCCAUCGUUAUUCCCCCACCAAGACAGGAGAACAUCGUCUAUGUACUCAACAAGAAGGACGAACAGGCUCAGCGUGUCAUCGAAGUACCAGCCCAUCCUCAUCUGAUCCCGAAAUCUACUUCGUCAAUUAUGAAGAGGGUGAGAACCAACUCUACCCAUUGGUGUGGAUCUCAACACUGCUCUUGGUUCAGCCGCUGA